AUGGUCAACACACGUAGUACUACAAGACGUGAAAGGGAAAGAAAAGAAGAAGAAUUGAAGCAAGCUACAGUGCAGCAGCCGCAAACACCUGUAAAAGAUGAAGAUUCGAAGAAAUUGGUAGAUAAGACUAUUAUUUUAGAAACGGGUAGUCAGAUAAAACCAGAACAUUCCGGACAAACAAAGGACGCGAAACCGUUAAGUCAUUGUUCGCGUAAAACUAGCUACCACGGUUCGAAAAAGUCAUCUUCGUCGUCUAUUGUGGCACAAAGGAAGAAGCUGGAACUGGAAGCUGCUGAAGCAAAGGCUCGCAUACAAAUGGACUUGAUAGAAAAAAAGCUACAAGUAGAUCUCGCCAACCUUGAAGAAGAAUACAGUCCAUCUGAAGAAUCUGUACCGUCAGAACAAGACCAACAGUCAGUUAAAAGUGAUGUCGCCAGGUGGGUUGAGCGCAGCCAGCUGGAACUGGAGUCACAGCACGUCCCCAAGACUGGAAAUAACCCGGACGCGUUGUGUUCGUCGGCAGCAGUGGUCGCCGGCACCGAGUUGCCAGUUCAGCAGUUAGCCAGCGCACUAAAGGAAUUGGCCACCGUAUCUGCAUCCAACAAUACCCAAAACGCCAGGCUGCUGAGCCGCAUCAGCACCCCGAAGGAACUGCCCUUGUUCUACGGUGAACCAAUGGAGUGGUUGCAAUUCAAACAAGCUUUCGAAGAAUCGACCAGAGUGUGUAAUUUCAGCGAUAUUGAAAAUAUGUGGCGUUUAAGAAAGUGCCUACGUGGGCCCGCUAAGGAAUCCGUAAACGCGCUGCUUAUUAGUGCUGUUCGCGCCCUAGGUCGUGGAGAGUACCUGCAAGAAAUUAGCAUCGUCGGCGCUAUUUUAUCGAAGUUACCUACGGUGUUGCUACCCAAGUGGAAUGACUACAGUUACGCGCUGAUUAAAGAAGGAAAUAAAUCUAAACUCGAUAUUCUCUCCGAAUUUCUCCACGAAGAAGCUAUGAAAGUGUCAACCUGCAGUGCUUCUCUUAUGCAAGUGCGAUCAGACUUUAAACGUAAAAACUAUAGUGAAAAUAGUGACUAUAAACCGCAGACUAUUUUAGUUCAAAGUGCGCACACGAACAGUACCGAUAAUAAGUGCCGCCUUUGUCGCGUAGGUAAACACGAUUUACCGGACUGCAAAAAGUUUAAAAAAUCACUACGCAAGGAUCGUUGGCAGUACGUAAAACGAUUCGGUUUGUGUUAUAAGUGUUUAUUAUCGCACCAUGAUAGACAAUCGUGCACGGCCGCCGCGUGUGACGUGGAGGGGUGUGGGCAGGCCCAUCACCGGCUCCUGCAUUACGUACCGGGUCAAAGUUCGCGCUCGAACCAUUAUAACGUUGUGGAAGUGUCGGACACUAGUGCUCAGACUGAAACUGUGACGCAUAUAGACGUUGACCAGCGCGAAUCGUUAUUAAAAGUUGUGCCGAUAUACCUACAUGGACCUAACGGUAAAAUAAAAACGACUUGUAUGCUUGACGAUGGCAGUGGUGUGUCGUUCAUAAGUACGGAACUCGCGGAGCGCGCGGGACUGCGCGGGCGCAAACAGUGCGUUAAUGUGCGCGGCGCAUGGCUCAAUUCAGAACAACAGUGCGAAACACAGCUGAUCGACUGCUCGAUAUCUAAUAGUGACGGGACAAAGUUCAAUUUAACCGCGCGUAUUGCACCCCACCUGGACUUACCUGUGCAAAACCCCGGACUUGUUAAGUGCGGUAAAUAUAAGUACCUAGACCGUAUAAUGAACUAUGUGUGUGCUGAAAAUCAGAAACCUGAAAUUCUCAUCGGACAAGAUAACUAUCAUUUGCAUGUACCACGCGAGAUCAUAGAGGGCAGCGAAAAUGAGCCCUACGCGACGCGUACUCCGCUGGGCUGGUGCGUGCACGGCCCGUGCCAACGUGCAGCUGUAAUGAAACAACGGAAGAUACACACUUCAUUACAUCUCAGUUAUACCUAUGAGCAAGAUAUGGCAAUUGAAAACAAUGAAAUACUACGUGAACUGCAAGAAGAUAUGCGUCGAUCUUUCUCCAUCGAUUCUAUGGGCGUAUCUGCUAAACCUCGGCAGAACUCGGAGGACGUACUGGCCCAGGAGCACCUGGAACAAACCUCUGAACUUAUCGAUGGCCAGUGGCAAGUCGGCUUACCUUGGAAGGAUCCUCACUGUGUCACCGUCGACUCGUAUCCAAAUGCACUGUCACGACUGAAAGGAGUUGAGCUGAAAAUGAAAAGGAGUGAAGAGUAUGCACGAAGGUAUAAAGAACGCAUACAACAUUUGUUAGGAAAUAAAUAUGCUGAGAAGUUAGAAAAUCAAGUCACAUCUGCUAGAACAUGGUACUUACCUACUCAUGGCGUCGAUAAUCCAAAUAAGAAGAGCCUUCGUCUGGUUUUCGAUGGGUCAGCUAAAACAAAAGGGUUCAGUUUAAAUAGCUACCUAUAUAAAGGCCCCGACCUACUGGUACCGUUAAUAGGAAUCAUGUGGCGAUUCCGCGAAAACAAAGUUGCGAUCUCUGGCGAUAUCAAAGACAUGUUUCUCAGAGUUAAAAUAAAACCCGAGGAUCAGCAAGCCCUACGCUUUCUAUACCGAGAUAACCCCGAAGAACCUAUAGAUACCUACCUGAUGACGUCACUCAUAUUUGGAGCGAAUUGCGCGCCGUUCAUAGCGCAAUUCAUAAAAAAUAAAAAUGUGAGACGUUUCGAGUCUACAUAUCCAGAGGCGGCUAACGCUAUAUACACGCAACACUACGUCGACGACUACAUUGACAGCUUACCUGAUGACCAAUCUGCAAUUAAGCUGGUUCGUGACGUCACAUAUGUUCAUGCGCAAGGCGAUUUUCAUAUACGCAAUUGGAAUAGCAACAGUCAAGCCGUCAUCAACAGCAUUCCAAAAGAGACUUUGGGAAGCAGCGCUGUAAGGUUCAAAGUCGGACAACAGUACGCGGGCGAGCGAACACUUGGUCUGCUGUGGAAUCCAAGUGAAGACACGCUGGGGUUCGAUGUAUCGCUAAAAAAGUUAUCUGAAAAUAUUAUCAACGGAAAAGAAAGGCCUACGAAAAGAGAUAUUCUGCGAGUUGUAAUGUCAAUUUUUGACGUGUAUGGAUAUUUGUCGCCUUUCACUAUAAAUGGAAGAUUAAUUGUUCAGUUAACGUGGCAAUUGGCUGUAACUUGGGAUGAACAAAUACCUGAUGUUAUCUUCGAAAAAUGGCUAAAAUGGAUUAAUCAAUUAGAAUUGAUGAGAGAGAUACGUCUACCUAGACACUACCGUCGUCAUGCUGCUACGAGUGAGAGCGAGACAGUCACAACGUCUACGAGCGCAAGCGAGAUAGACACCGCGCCUACAAGUGUGAGCGACACAGCCACGGAUACCGCGAGUGCAAGCGAGACGCGGCUAGUACCUGUUAUCAGUGCGGCGGUCGGCGGUGAUGCGCCCGCACAACAACAAGGCUCAGUAACUGUAAACAACUAUAAUGAUCUACAACUUCACGUGUUUUGCGACUCAUCAGUGCAAGUUAUGUGCGCGGUGGCAUAUUGGCGUUGGCAAGAAAACAACGUAGUCCGCACGGCGUUCAUAUCUAGUAAAUGUCGUGUUGCAGGACUGAAGAAAACGAGUGUUCCACGCUUAGAAUUGAAUUCGGCAGUUAUGGCAGCUCGAUUAGCUGACACGAUAAUUAAGGAACACAGAAUAAAACCAAAUAGUCGAAUAUUUUGGUGUGACGCCACAGUGGUCCUGUAUUGGGUACGAAACAACGCGCGUACCUACAAACCUUAUAUCGCGAACCGGCUCGGUGAAAUAGAUGAGCUAACAAAUGCGAGCGAGUGGAGAUAUGUACCUACGCACCUAAACGUCGCCGAUAUACCUACCAGGGAGUCAUUCGACCGUUGUGUGUUACCUACCGAAUGGAUUCAAGGACCUGCAUUUCUACAAAAAAGUGAGAACGAGUGGCCACAGAAUAUUUUGGACGCCGACGUAAACAAUGACGAUUUAGAAUGUGUUGUGAUGAUGACGUCAUGCAAUAGGGUAAAUGUGCCUAUACCUGAACCGACAAAGUUUUCAUCGUGGUUGCGAUUACUCAGGGCCACUUUUAUAAUGCUAACGUUUAUAAAUAAAUGUAGACACAUAAAUGAAGACGACGGCGCCGUAAUGCAGAAAGCUGAAAACUUACUUAUGAAAUAUUCUCAAGCACAGACGUUCUCUGAAGACAUACUGAAACUGAAAAAUGGAUCAUACUUACCUAAAACAAGUAGAUUACUUACCUUAUCGCCGUACCUCGACGAACACGGAGUCCUACGCCUCGGAGGCCGCAUCGACGCCGCUGCUGAAGUUGGACCUGAAACAAAACGACCUUCGAUCUUGGACGGACGAGACUACAUAGCACGGCUGCUAGUGAAGCAUCAUCACGUUCGCGCAGCCCACGGGAACCAGGAAACUGUCGUGAAUAACCUGAAACAAAGAUAUUGGAUAUUAGGAUUACGACCGACGGUUAAAAAUGUUGCAAAAAAGUGCAUGCUAUGUAGAAUAAGAAAAUGUAAACAAGAAAUCCCAAGAAUGGGAGACUUACCGCCUGCCCGCGUAGCUCAUCAUCAGCGCGCCUUUACCUACACUGGCGUUGACCUCUUCGGCCCUCUAGAAGUAACUGUGGGAAGAGGAAGACAGAAAAGGUACGGAGUGUUGUUUACAUGUAUGACAGUGAGGGCAGUGCACAUAGAGGUAGUUAACUCACUUACCUCCGACUCUUUGAUUAUGGCUCUCAGACGAAUGGGGGCACGACGCGGCUGGCCGCAGUAUCUAUAUUCUGACAACGGUACUAACCUUCGAGGAGCGGAUGCAGAGCUGCGAAAGUCAAUCCAGGAGUUGGACCAGGAGUAUCUAAAGCGUGAAUCGUUAAACUAUGGGACUAAAUGGACAUUUAUCCCACCUGGAAGUCCACAUUGGGCUGGAGCUUGGGAGAGGCAAAUAAGGACCGUAAAAGACUGCAUGAAAGUCGUGCUGAAAGAGAGAGCCCCCCGCGAGGAGACUUUGUGUACAUUUUUGGCAGAGGUCGAGAGCAUAGUGAACAGCCGGCCGCUCACGCACGUCUCCGUCGAACCUGGAAGCAUAGAAACGUUAACUCCAAAUCACUUUCUUCUUGGUUCCUCUUCCGUCUUACCUCACCUUGGCGCUUAUAAUGACUCCGAAUAUUUUUUGAAAAAGCAGUGGAGAAUAGCCCAACGACUGGCUGACCUAUAUUGGCGAAGAUGGGUUAAGGAAAUCCUCCCAGACCUGCUACCACGUAAAAAAUCUAACCAUAUUAAAAGUGUAUCCCAUCAAAAAAACUGUGGUAAAUAUAGCUUGUUGUUAGAUUGGAUAGAGCCUUACAAUGAACUAGCAGUAAGUGAAGACAAGUCCCACAUUUAUGUGACCCGCGUGUGA